CCCUUUUGGCCGCUCCCAACUCCUCCCCACUUCCCUGCCCAGUGCCGUCCUUGCCCGAGCGCGCCCCCGGGGUGCGGGCACCCAGCUUUGGCCAGGCAGCGCGCGAUGCUGGGCGCCGCCGCGCCAGGGCAGCCCCCUGCGCCGAAAGGGUGCCCCCCUGCGCGGCUGACCGCGGCCGUCCCGGUGGAGGAGCUGCGGCGGCUCCUCCGCGGGGACGUCGAGGCGGUGGUGCGGGCGGAGCUCCGGGCGGCGCUGGGUGGCAGUGCAUCGGGGGCGUGGCGAGCCCGCGCCGCGAGCGACGAGCCGAGGGCCGGACUCCAGCUGCGGUGGAAGGGCGCGACCGAGAGCGACGGCGGCCCCGAUGACGCCUGGGCCUCCAGCGAGCCGCAGCAGCCCCUCAUGGGCAGCCAGGGGCGGAGAGACAUGGCGCUUUCGCUUCCAGGCACUGCCUCGCCAGGUGUGAGCGGAGGCUCCCCUCAGUCGGUGCCGCCCUCCACCACUCCAAAGAGCUGGAUGGGGCUGUGGCACUCCUCCGACCAGUAUGACACGCUGCUGCAGGAGGAUGCUCCCGAAACGUUCGAGAACAUGGCUAGCGAGAUGAUGCCCGGCAUGGGCUCGCCCUUGACAAGGGUCGUCCGGUGUUUGGAUGCGUUGUGGUCUUUGCGGGAGGAGCCCCGGACGGGGUGGUGCGCAGAAGUCGUGCAGAGCAACGGUUUCCAGGCUUUCUUCGCGUGCGUCAUUGCUACAAAUGCAAUGGUCAUGGUGGGCAACGUGAAUCAUGAUGUGCAGUGCUUCUCUGCUGGAAACGACAAACAAAAUCAAUGGUCAGCGUUGUUCGAUAUGUGUUUCUUGGUUCUGUAUUGCACGGAAUUGAGUUUCAAAUUAGCAGUUCACCGCCUCUACUACUUCUGGAAUGAGGAUACGGCAUGGAAUUGGUUAGAUUUCCUCCUUGUUAUGCAAAGCCUGAUUGACUUCAUCAUGCUGGGAGGCGGGGGUGGCGGAGGUAACACCUGGAUGCGCACUGUUCGCCUUUUCCGGAUCGCCAAGGUGUUGCGCAUAUUGCGGGUCAUCCGAUUCUUCACACAGCUCCACUUGAUCAUGAGCGCUAUCAUAGGGGGGAUGAUGUCCAUGUUGUGGAGCAUGGUUGUGUUCGUGCUUAUAUUCCUCAUGUUUUCACUAUACGUUGUUUCUGCUGUGGCCACUUAUUUGGAAAACGAUGGCGACCUCCGUGCCACAGCUUCAAAAGAACUCAUUGAGAAUUUCGGUUCGGUGCAGAUUUGCAUGUUGACCCUCUUCAGCACUAUAUCUGGAGGGAACGAUUGGAUGGAGUACUAUGACACGUUGGUGCCUACAGGCAUGCCGAGCUCCAUCUUCGUACUGUUUGUGGCGUUCUCGCAGAUCGCUUUGCUCAAUGUUGUUACGGGGCUCUUUGUCGAAAGCGCAAUCAAAUUGUCAGAGCCUGACGUUCACCAAAAGGCCGAGGAACAGUUCCAGCAGGACAAAGAGUACGCGAGGGAGCUCAAGAAGCUCUUCGAGAAAGCAGACAAGGACGGAAGCAAGCGCUUGAGCAGGGACGAGUUCAGAGCCAUCUUGGACAACGGUAAGUUGGGCCACUUGUUCAGAUUCCUGGGAAUCGACCCCGCCUGGUCCAGGAGGCACCUCCCUCUGCUGUUCGACAGCAUGGUGGAGCAGCAGCAGAUGGACUCCCAGGACUGGGACACGAGGGAGGUGGACCCCCACACGUUUGUCGAGAAGUGCAUGGCGCUGCGCGGCGCCGCACGCAGCACCGAGGUCUGGGAGAUCCACGACAUGCUCUCGCGCAUCCAACACACGCAGGAGGCCAUCCGGUGCCAGCUCCAGGGCGGACACCACUUGCCGCUGGACCCAGCGGCGGAGAACGUCGGUUCCACGAGCGACCCGGCCUACCCCCCUCUGUGAAUCGGGCGCGUUUGGUGUGCCGAUUGGGCGCAUUUGACGCCCCUGUCCCUGAGAUUUUGGCGUUGAUUUCUUUUCACAACAAACGAAACACCCUAAACCACCUACGCCCUAAAGGGCUGGUGGGAUUUGUUUCGCGACGUCGGAUCUCAGGGGUUGUUAUUGCGUGGGUGUAUAAGUACGUCAUUUUCCACUCGGUUGCCAAAGUGGCAACCUUGAGGCUGCCGACACGUUCCUCUGGGUGCGUGGCCUAGCGAGCGAGCGAGAGUGGAUCGGCGGUAAUGUUUUGAAUGAGCAGAACGGCGCAGCAUAGUCUCGGUCAAACCAAGAGGUUGGCCUCUGAGCGGGCGGGGCGCGAUCUGCAAAAAGCACGACAGCCUGCGCACGCAUGAUGUACGAGGGGCACACGUCGAGCAAGCCAGCC